CUGGCUUGACACGCGUCACACCAACUCCAGCACAGCAGCCCAGCACGCACAGCCUUCACUUGUGACAACAACUGGGAAUUUUCGCCGGAAACAUCAUGGGCAACGUGCAGCCCACCAUAGUCCCUUAUGAGAACUUUGAUGUCACAGCUGACAUCAAGGCCAUUAGAAAAGCUUGUAAAGGUUUAGGCACAGAUGAGGAGGCCAUUAUUGAAAUCCUGGCCAAUCGAUCUUCCGCUCAGCGUGUGGAGAUCAAACAGGCCUACUUUGAAAAGUACGAUGAUGAGCUGGAGGAGGUCCUGAAGAAGGAGCUGACAGGCAGUUUUGAGAACGCCAUCAUGGCCAUGUUGGACCCACCCAAUGUUUAUUUCGCCAAGGAGCUGAGGAAAGCCAUGAAGGGUGCGGGCACCGAUGAAGCUGUUCUGGUAGAGAUCCUGUGCACAGCUACCAAUGAGGACAUUUUGAGCUACAAGGAGGCCUAUGCCCAGGUGCAUGAGCGUGACCUGGAGGCGGACAUCGAGGAUGACACCAGCGGAGACGUGAGGAACCUGUUGAUCUCAUUACUGCAGGCAAACAGGGACGAGGGUUAUGAGGUGGAUGGGGCUUUAGCAGAACAGGAUGCCACGUCUCUCUUUGAGGCGGGAGAAGGCAGGUUUGGCACAGACGAGACGACCUUCACUGACAUCCUGACCCACAGGAACUACCUGCAGCUUCAGGCCACCUUCAAGGUCUAUGAGUCGCUUUCAGGAACAGACAUCCUGGAUGCCAUCGACAGCGAGGCCACAGGAACCCUGAAGGAGUGCUACAUCACUCUGGUGAGGUGUGCUAAGAACCCGCAGCUGUAUUUUGCCCGACGCCUCAACGCUGCCAUGAAGGGAGCGGGCACUGAUGAGGACACACUCAUUCGCAUCAUCGUAGGCCGUUCUGAGAUUGACCUGGAUACAGUGAAGGAUAUGUACCUGGAGAAGUACGACGUUCCCCUUAAAGAAGCUCUGGCCUCUGAGUGUGGUGGAGACUUCAAGCGCCUCCUCGUGCAGAUCCUGCACUAAAUCGCCCCUUGUCCUGCUCCCACCGGCCUUAUUUAACCAAACAUCCAAGGGACAGUCUCCUCUGUACUCACUCUUCUUCUCGUCUCACUCCUCCUCCUCCUUUAUUCUACCGUUUUCACUCCUACCUGUCCUCCCACUCAUAUCUCUUUUCUUCUUUCUCUCUCAAUGACAAACAGUCAGUACUCUGCAGCAUGGACCAAAAAUCAACUCACUUACUGUACAGUGUGUGUACUGUGUGGAUUGUAAGCAGCUGAGCAUCAUACUUACAUUCCGUUAUUCAACUUAGUUUGUUCACAAUCCGCAGCUUCACAGUCUCUAUGUCUUUCAGUCUGCUGCUUGAAGCUUAUCCCAAAGCUAUAGGAAUUACAGAGUUGCCGCUGCACUAAAUAUUUAUGCAGCCGUUUAUUUUUGCUACUUUACACACACCUCUCACCCGUCGUCCUCUCUGUGCGUAUCUGUGUUGCAUGCAGAUAUCGGAGGGUGUAACUGUCACCUCUAUUAGCCACGGAAAUGCCUUGUAUAAGAUGAGAGCGAUGCAAUUUCCUUUUCGCCGUGACACUCAACACUCAAGUGCCGAAUAAUUAAGUUUCAGCUCAGAUUAUAUCACACACAAGACCAAAAAUAAUCACAUUUUUCCCUCCUUUGUCAGAGACCAAAACUCUGAAUUAUACAUUAUAGGUUUUGUAGCCACAUCCCUAAAGGUUGUUUGGGAUUUUUAAAAAGAAAAAAAAAAAAAAACUCCGAUUAGUGACUGACUUUGUUUGCAAGUCACAUUUUUAAUCACAGCUGCAGACCUGCCUUUUUCUCACAUUUACACACAUUAUUGAAUAAUAGCAUUUUUCUAUAGGUAUUCAAUAGGCAUCUACAACAGAGUAAAAUUCUACAUUAUAUAACUCUCAGUUCAUUGUGUAUUUAAAAAAAUUGAAUGAAUAGUAAGACAUUAUGGCAAUUAAUCUCCAAAGUACAAGAUAAUGGCCUUACUGUAUGUAUUAAUUAAACACUCCAUAAAUUAUUAUAGCUAUAUUUCUAUUAAACCAGGGUUAAUAAAAAAUAGUGUAAUAUAAUAACCUGUUGUAUUGUCACAAAGCAAGUUGCUACACUAAAAUAUGAAUAAAGUCACUGUUAACCCACUGUAAUAACACA